GAGCACGCCCCCACUCCCUGUUUAUAUCAUUUUCAGAGAAUCGGAGUCUGUUCUCUCUCUCUCUCUCUACAAGUAUAUACACGUAUAUUGAAUAUGUAUCUUUAGGGUUAAGUAAGAAGUAAGGUGUAGUAGUGAAUGCAUAUGCUUCAAACAUCAACUUAAGAGGUUUCCAGUUGUUACCCACAUACCAAACAGUGUAGCAAUGGUAUAAAUGAAGUCUUCAGAUGGUUAUGAGUUUCAUGGAAUGAAAAGUUUGUAGAUGGAAAUGGGGUCUGAGGAAGCUAAAAGAUUUUUUUCAGAAGUCGAUUUCGGAGGCAUGUACAGCAGAGUUGAACUUAGAGGUAUGAAUGGUAGGGUUUAUGUCAUCAGAGACGACAAUUUGGCUUCCAAAAAUGUCAAAUCAUUGAACGAUAGGUCUAAGAAAUCUAGGAUUUCUGAUGAGGUUAAUUCUGGAGGGAUUGGUAGGAAAAUGGAAGGUGUGGAUUCUGAAAUUAAUACUAAAAAGUUAGCAACUAGUGGGAGUAACUAUCUUAGUGCCGCUAAACGCAGAGAGUUGGCGCAUUCGGUGGUGGGGGAUGGAGGGCAAGCAGAAAUUUCUUCUAGAGCGAGAACGGGAAACAGAGGAGCAAGAGAGAGACAUGCCAUUUUGGAUUGUAAUUUUUUGGAUCCCAAGUCAGAUGAAGGCAUUGCGAUUAAAAUGCAUGAUGCAUUGAGAGAAGAAAUAUUCACUUUGGGAUACAAAUAUGAAGAGGGAGAUCUGGUUUGGGGAAAUGUUAAGUCACAUCCGUGGUGGCCAGGACAGAUGUUUGAUGAAUCAUUUGCUUCUCCGUCAGUUUUUGCUAGGAAGAAAGAGGGUCAUAUUUGGGUUUCGUUUUAUGGUAAUAACAGCUAUGGAUGGUUGAAACCAGCAGAUCUCAUCCCUUUUGAUGCUCAUUAUGCUGAGAAAUCAAAGCAAACAAAUGCUCGGAAAUUUUUAACUGCAGUUGAAAGGGUUAUGGAUGAAGUCAAAAGGAGAGCUGCACUUGGCUUGGCUUGGCUUGUCCUUACCAGUUCCUUUCUAAUUUUCGGCCUACAAGUGUUCAGGGUUUCUUUGAAGUUGAUGUGAGGGGCUAUGAACCUGAAGUUCUGUAUUCACUGAAGCAGAUUGAAAAGGAUGUGAGGGGCUAUGAACCUGAAGUUCUGUAUUCACUGAAGCAGAUUGAAAAGGCUAGAGAUGAUUUUCAACCAAUUAAAACACUCUCUUUCAUACGGAAAUUGGCAUUAGUGCCUCGAACUGAUGUUCAAAGAGACAUCAAAUGGAUGAAAAACGUAGCUCAAGUUCGUGCUUAUCGAAUGGCAGUGUCUGAGGAGUUUGAUGAGACCUAUGCUCAGGAAUUUGGGAAGCAAUCAGCAAGGGCUAAAGAUUCAAUGGUGGUUUUAAAGGACCAGGAAAAGAUGUUAUUGGAAGAGAAGAUGACUUAUCUCCAUGGGGUAGCUUUCAACCAAUUGAAUCCCAGCCUUCACCUCAGAAUAGAUGGCUUCUCUCCAUUAGAACAAAUUGAAACAGAUAGCACAUCUUCAAAGGAGCUUCGUCAGAUUGGGAUGUUAAAAAUGAUAUGGGAGGAAUCAGUGAGUUUGUGGGGGGAAGAAGGUGAAAACCAAAUGGGGAGAGUGAAGGUUCAAGAGUUGAGCUUCUUGAACGCAGGGAAGUUUUCUUUCUUUGAUGACACCACAGUUGCUUGCACUAUGGAAUCUUUUGAAGAUGGACCUCAUAAAGGCUUGUCUGUUCAUAGAUUCCUUUCUGACCAACAAGUCAAAGUGUAUGGCACAAGAAAGUCUUACUCAGCUCCUGCUCCUUCUGCUAUUCCUCCAUUGGAACUCAAGGACCCAACUGAGUACUACUUGGAGCGUCUACGAGUUCCAGAACAAACACUACCAAGCUUGCAUGAGCUCUGGGGGAAGUUACGAGAGCCACCGCCUGUGGAGCUUCGUUUCCCACUUCAUAAUGAUGUGUUCAGAGAAUUGCCUCCAGGGAAAGAAAGAUUCUUCACUACCUCGGAACAAUUAGAUUGUAAGGCUAUCACAUUUGACAUCCUAGGCCCAAUUAUCCGACACCCUUGUCUCAUUAGUGUCACUGCUGGCAGUAGAGAUUACUCCUUUAUUGGCCUUUUGGAUGAUUGCAUAAAUAGGAUAGUAUCCAAAUUUUGCUCAAUGGAGAUGGUCUUAAUCUGGAAACCCAGUAUUACCUCAUCUUCCUUAGACACUUUGCAGGAUCAAUAGCCG